AUGACAAAGAGCCGCUUCGCCUACGUGAUGGCCAUCUUGUUCAUCGGCUGGGUUGCAGGGAGUGCAGAGUGUCGUCUCGAGGCUGGAAGAAAGACCGGUCUGGAUUAUCAUACCAAGACAAGUACUGCUGGUGAUAUCAAUGAAAGCAAGCUUAAUGUGAAGUUUUGUCUCCGAAAGAAAUGUGGUUCACCUGAUUCACCAUUUGGAGUAGACUGCUACUGCUGCCUCAACAAGCCCGACGCCCCGUGUUUCGCCACAAGUGACGACUGCCAGAAAAAGUGUCCUACUUGCAAUCCCAGCUGCGCUCUUUCUGAUGUGAAGGAAUUUCAUCUGUGA